CUGCUGCUUUCGAUUGCUCCGUGGAUCCAUGAGGGGCCAGAUACUAUGCCGUACCCUGGUCUACCCCUUGCCAUGACCUCUCCACUGUCUUGGCUUUUCCUUGACUGUUGGUGGUGCUGCAACUCGAACAGCAUGUUCUCUCUAGAACAGGGCCAGGACAACAGGACUGGACGGGCAGGAUCAACAGGACCAGGAGAGCAAGGCGCUCGCCUGGCACCCGUCGUAGUGAGUGUGAUCGGUUGUGUUUUGCUGAUUCCGUUGCCCCAUCGCUGUUGUGGCCAGCGGGGAAGAAGAGCAGCAAGACCGUAUUACACUGCGACGCGACCCUCUCUCUACCACAGGGGGUUCGUUUUGGCCACACCAAAUUUUCACUGAGCCGUUCAGUUUGUAAGACUUGUGGGAGACGAGUGAACAAAGACGAAUGUGUGAAGACAAUUGUUUAUUGGCUAGACUAUUGUGAGUAUAUGAACUGGAG